AUGCCUACGCAAGGUCCAGCGCGCGCGGAAAGCGAGGAGGAAGAUGAGGAGGACGAUUAUAUGAAUAUGGUGAUAGCAGAGCCUACGAAACCCAAGGAGAAGGAAACCUACACCCAACGCCGACUCCGUAAAGAAAGAGAAUCUGAAGCUAAAGGUCGUGUCAAAUCUAAAGCUGAAAGAGCAGCAGAUGAAGCUGCAGCCCGGGAGGCAGCACUAUCAAAAUCGCUACUGGAGGACCCCGCUACGUCGUCUUCAAAUAAGGGGUUGGCUAUGAUGGCUAAGAUGGGAUUUAAACCUGGUGUUGCUUUGGGCAGCAAGGACAAUAUCGGCGCAAGAUUGGAGCCGGUGGGUAUCAACAUGAAAGAGGAUAGGGGUGGCAUCGGAUUAGAUACGGAGAAGAAGCGAAAGUUCAGGGAGGAAUAUGAGAAUGAGGGCAACAGGGUCAAGGCCGAGGAAGGGGAAUAUAGGGAGCGAGUCAGGAGUGAGAGAGAAGAGGCUAGACAUGAGGGAAUGGUUGCUGCGGCUAUGAGAGUUGCUGAGCGCAUGGAUGGAGAGGCGCAAGAGGAGGCAUUAAGUCGCAGUGAGGGCAAUGAGGCUGAUGCUAAGAAGCGAAAAAUCUCUACCAAACCUCUGAAGCAGAUCAAUAUUUUAUGGAGGGGCCUCAUUCGGCAAAGGGAGGAGAAAGAACGGGAUCGGAGAAUGAGGUACGAUCUACACCAGAGUCUCUCGCGGCUACCAACUUAUGACGACCCGGACGAGGAUAAAGAGGACAAGAGAGCGCUUGGCAAAGAUGUAGUCCAGCACACCCUUGUGGAGGAUCUCGAGGAGGAGGAUCCAGAGCUCGAUACUUUCAAAGCAUUGAGCCCAUUAGAACGUCUCCAUAAACUCGUUUUGCAUCUGCGAGAAGAGUACAAUUACUGCUUUUUCUGUAAAUACACAUACCCAGACAAGGAAAUGGAGGGCUGCCCAGGUCUCACGGAAGAAGAUCACGAUUGA